GCCCACGCACAACCCGAACGCAGGUAUAGUAGGCCUACAAACUUUUAUAUCCAUAAAAUAAAUAAUGAUGAAUAUUCCAGCUGAAACUGGAUCCCAGACUUUGACCAACCUUCAUGGUUAUGUGUGUGUGAAUUAGAUGAUAUUCUCUGGUGAUAAUCAAACACACACGACAUCGCGCUCCUACAGUCGCUCUUCAAUUUGACACUGAUUGGGAAUAGAAAAAGGAGCUAGGAAGUAUAGCGGCUCUUGCAAGAACUAUGGGUGACCUGGAGGUUCAGAAUACUACCCUGGACUCGAAACAAGCGAGCACCUUGAGACCGGAGAGCGAUGCGCUGGUAUUCUUUUGCAAUGGCAAAAAGGUUGUUGAUCACCAUGUCCAGCCGGAAUUGACUGUAUUGGCAUACUUACGGACCAAAUUACGUCUGACCGGCAGCAAGCUAGGAUGCGGAGAAGGGGGUUGCGGAGCCUGCACGGUAAUGGUGUCGAGAUAUUCUCCUCAAGAUAAGACAAUCAGCCACUUGGCAGUGAAUGCUUGUCUUGCACCUAUCUGUUCAGUGCAUGGAAUGGCCGUCACUACAGUGGAAGGACUUGGCAGUACAAAGACAAGACUUCACCCAGUUCAGGAGCGUUUGGCCAAGGCACAUGGAUCUCAGUGUGGUUUCUGCACUCCGGGCAUUGUAAUGUCUAUGUAUGCACUGCUGAGGAACAGCCCAGAGCCUACCAUCGAGGAGAUUGAGAGUGCCUUCGAGGGGAACCUCUGUCGUUGCACCGGGUACCGACCAAUCCUUCAGGGCUACAAGACAUUUACAAAGGAUGGGUGUUGUGGAGGCAACAAAGCCAACUGCUGCAUGAACAACCUACCAAACGGACUUGAGGAAGGGGUAUCUACCCAACUGUUUGAUCCAAGUGAGUUUGCACCGUAUGACGCCUCCCAAGAGCCAAUCUUUCCACCUGAGUUACUGGUUGCAGCAGGCAAAGCAAAGCUGACAAUCCAGAAGUUUGUAGGGGACCGUGUGAUCUGGCUUCGGCCUGCCACUUUACAACAACUGCUCGAGCUGAAGGCUAACCACAAGCAAGCUAAGAUGGUGGUCGGAAACACGGAAGUUGGUGUGGAAGUAAAGUAUAAACAUCAGGAACACCCCAUCAUCAUUGAUGCUAGUCAUGUACCUGACUUGACCGUCAUUGAGCCCACACCGAGCGGGGUGAAAGUAGGGGCAUCAGUGUCUCUGACGUCACUCAAUGAAUUCAGCCAGAAGCUUAUCCAGGAGGAGCCAGAGUACAAGACCAGAGUCUUUGCCGCCAUUGUUGAGAUGCUGAAGUGGUUUGCUGGACACCAGAUCAGAAAUGUUGCUUGCAUUGGUGGUAACAUCGCAACGGGGAGCCCGAUUUCAGAUCUGAAUCCUUUAUUCAUGGCCGCUGUGUGCUCACUUGAGCUGAAAUCAACGACAGGAACUCGCACUGUGGUUAUGGACAGCAAGUUCUUUACUGGAUACAGAAAGAAUAUUAUAGGUCCUGAUGAAGUUAUCUUGAACAUUCACAUUCCAUUUACAUCUCAGAAUGAGUAUUUCUGCGGGUACAAGCAAGCCCCACGUCGUGUGGAUGACAUCGCCAUCGUCAAUGCAGGCAUGAGGGUAGUGAUGAAACCAGGAAUAAAUGUAGUAGAGGAUUGUACUCUAGCGUUCGGAGGCAUGGCUGCUACCACAGUCCUAGCUAUGAAGACUAUGAACAACAUCAAAGGAAGAACUUGGAGUGAUGGUUUAGUAGACUCGAUGUGUCCGCUCCUAGCUGAGGAUCUACCCCUACCUCCCGGUGCUCCUGGUGGAAUGGAGACCUAUCGCCAGUCACUCACUCUCAGUUUCUUCUUCAAGUUCUACCUCGUUGUGCUAGAGCAAAUCAAUCAAACACAGCCGGGGUUAAGUGGCUCGUCUGUUUCCUCAUCACUCAAGACGGCCAAUCAGCCUUUCUCUAAGAACCCAGCAAGAGGUGUACAAAUGUACCAGGAAGUCCCCUCUGGACAGCCGGAGACUGAUGCUGUAGGUCGACCUGUGACCCAUCUAUCUGCCCUAAAACAGGCCACUGGUGAAGCUAAAUACUGUGAUGAUAUUCCACACGUGGAUGGUGAACUUUAUUUGGCACUGGUGCUCAGUCAGAAAGCCCAUGCCAAAAUCUUAUCUGUUGACGCUUCCGUUGCCAUUGCAACAGAGGGAGUCCACGCCUAUGUUGACAUCAACGACGUACCCGGCCAGAACAUGCUUGGAUCCUCACCUGUCUAUGAUGAUAUGUUUUUUGCCGAUAACGAGGUUACCUGCGUUGGUCAAGUCAUCGGGGUAAUAGUCGCAGACGAUCAAGCCAUAGCUCAGAGAGCCGCCAGACUUGUCAAAGUGGACUAUGAAGAGUUACCUGCCAUCAUAACUGUAGAGCAAGCCGUCGAGCAGAACUCCUUCUUCCCGCUCGUCCGCCGCAUCAAGAGAGGGAACGUGGAAGAGGGCUUUGAGAACUCGGAUCACAUCCUGGAGGGGGACGUCAGGAGCGGUGCUCAGGAGCAUUUCUACAUGGAGACGUACACCACGCUGAUCAUACCGGGAGAAGAUGGUGAGGUUGAAGUCAUCUCAUCAACGCAGUCACCGACUAAAACUCAGACCACGGUUGCCAAAGCUUUGGGUGUCCCAAGUAAUAAAGUGGUCUCUAAGGUGAAGCGUCUUGGAGGUGGGUUUGGAGGAAAGGAAUCUCGCAAUUGCAUCCAAGCUGGCGUUUGUGCUGUCGCUGCCAACAAAGUAAAUCGUCCUGUUCGCUUGAUGCUUGACCGACGUGAGGACAUGAUGGUAACUGGUACCCGUCAUCCAUACUUGAGCCACUACAAGGUGGGGUUCAGCAAGGAGGGCCAACUGAAGGCACUACAGGUUAAUCUGUACUCCAAUAGUGGAUGUACAUAUGACUGGUCUCACUCGGUCUUAGAGAAAACCCUGUUCCACAUCGACAACUGCUACAACUUCCAUAAUGUGGAAGCGACGGGGCAUCUAUGCAGGACCAAUCUAGCGUCCAACACGGCGUUCCGUGGCUUUGGAGGACCUCAAGGAAUGAUCAUCGGGGAAACCAUCUUGUCAGAGAUUGCCAUCAAACUGGCACUUGAUCCACUUCAACUACGAGUCAUGAAUAUUUAUAAGGAAGGUGAGAAGACUCAUUACAGUCAAGAGCUAAAGAACUGGUACAUGGAUCGAUGCUGGAAGCAAUGUGUGACGUCCAGUGAUUAUGCGAACCGUCGACGAGAUGUCGACCAAUUCAACAGUGAGAGUCGCUGGAAGAAGAGAGGUCUUGCUCUGACACCUACAAAGUUUGGAGUGUCUUUUGCUGUCAAAUUUCUUAAUCAGGCUGGAGCCUUAGUCCACAUCUACAUGGAUGGAUCAGUCCUGAUCGCCCACGGAGGUACUGAGAUGGGUCAGGGUUUACAUACUAAGAUGAUCCAGGUGGCUAGUAGGACGCUCAAGAUCCCAUACGAGAAGAUUCACAUCAGCGAGACCAGCACCACCACCGUUCCAAACACCUCCCCGACUGCCGCUAGCUACAGCUCAGAUCUUAAUGGGAUGGCUGUUAAGGAUGCCUGUGAGAUUUUGCUGAAUCGCUUAGAACCAUUCAUGCUAGAGGACCCCAAAGGAACCUGGGAAAAAUGGGUGGAUGCAGCGUACUAUCAGAGGGUUAGCUUAUCAACUACUGGAUUCUUCAAGGCGUCUCAUCAGCACUUUGAUUGGGAGACCAGCCUGGGUAAUCCCUACAAUUAUUUUGUGUACGGUGUGGCGGUGUCGGAGGUAGAGAUUGACUGUUUGACCGGGGACCAUCAGGUCUUGAGGACCGACAUCGUCAUCGAUGUAGGAGACAGUCUCAACCCAGCUGUUGAUAUUGGACAGAUUGAGGGAGCCUUUGUACAAGGCUACGGUAUGUUCGUCAUGGAAGACUACCGAGUGACCCCAGGAGGUCAUCUCUUGACCUCUGGCCCCGGAUUCUAUAAGAUCCCAGGCUUUGAUGACAUCCCUGCUGAGUUUAACGUCAGCCUGCUGACCAGGGCCCCUAACCCCUUUGCUAUCUGCUCAUCCAAGGCUGUUGGAGAACCCCCGCUGUUUCUAGCUGCCUCCAUCUACUUCGCCAUCAAGGAUGCGAUAGUGUCGGCUAGAGAGGACGAAGGCAUCAAGGAGGUCUUCCGUCUUGACUGCCCAGCAACAGCAGAGAGGAUCCGCAUGGCCUGCCAAGACAAGUUCACCAAGCAGUUUCCUGCUCCAGAGCCUGGGACAUAUCGUCCAUUCUUUGUGCGUCCAUAGAUGGUGGUCACGGCUGGUCACCAAAUUUCAUAGCACAGAAAUUUGCUUAGCAUGAAAUUUCUUUCUUGGUAAAAAUAGGCAUUACCAACCAAACUUCCAC